AGAAAUCCAGAUUACCAAUUGUCUGAAGCGAGCAGUAACAGGCAAUACCAGAAGUUUACUCAAGCAAAUGGCGAAAUUCAGGUAAGGCAACCGUACGACCAAUAUACCUCUGUCAAAUUAUUUUUAAAUUUGGUGGAAUUUAUUCGAAUGUUGUCAAUUUUUUGCAGUGGAAGAAAGUUUUUGCCGAGAGAUAUUUGCUUCAGAGAAACUGGUUGAAUGGAAAAUACAAACUUCGUACAUUUGAAGGACAUAAUCAAGGUUUGCUGAAAUUUAAUUUCUUUUGGGAAACAAUUUUCACUGACUUGUACGCAAUGCACCCCUAUAUGCACCAAACGAUUUUACACAUAGCACGUUUUCCUUGACAAAUCUCCUUGACCAGUUUUAUUUACGUACUCGUGUGCAGGCCAGAAAAUGGCAUUUUUUCCUUGCCAAGGAGCCAUGUUUCAAAACUAGUCAUGCCAGCUUUUGGACAAAGAAAAUUUGUUCGCGUGUACGGCCGCCAAAGGAAAACUUGACAAAUGUACAAGAAAUACUUUUAUGGUUUUGGCAAACAAAAUACGGCCUUGACGUGAGAUAAAUGUUUAACAACAUUCCGUGCACACCAGCAACAGAACUUGUCAAGGAAAAGUUGUUGACUGUACACACGAGAAAGUAAACUUGUCAAGGAAAACUUGUUGACCAUACACACGAGAAGGUAAACUUGUCAAGGAAAUCUUGUCAUGGAAAACUUGCUCGUCUGUAACCGGCUUAACUGUUUAUAUGUGAACCCCUUUGUUGACAUGUUUAGGUAUCGCCUGUGUUCAAUUUGAUGAUACGAGGAUUGUUAGUGGAUCAUCUGACAAGACUAUUAAAGUAUGUACAUGCAUGUUCAUAUCAUAAGUAAGGAAGGAAGCGGGGGGGGGGGGGGGUGCAAAUCAUCCUUACUUGCAGCUGAGAGCUAAGCUGAAUUACGAAGGACGCAGCUCAACCUGAUCGAGUCGAAGGCUUUCUAAGGGCGCCUCUGGCGGUCACCUUUAAGGCCCAUUUCCACUCAAGAAAAUUUUCCGCGGGAAGAAAAUUUUGUAAAAUGUGAUUGGCCGACACAAAUUUUCCGUUCGGAAAAAAAUUUUGAAGUUGAAAAUUUUCAACUUUUAACAAUGACAUUUUCGGAAAAUUUUCUGUCCGUGGAAGUUUUUCUUGAGUGGAAAUGGGCCUUUAGACUGUUAUCUGAUCACGGAGUACAGCUACGGUGGAAGGGUCAGUUAGAGGCUAAUCCCAACCCACCCUGUCAACAUUUCCUUCGGGAAGAAACCGAAGAAAACUCACGACUUUCGGUAUAUAGCGUUAAUUGACUCUUCAUGAGUUCGCAGCAACCUCAGAGGUGAAAAGCGUUUGCUCUUAGUGCGUAAUAUAAGAUGAUCCACUAACAUUUAUAGCUCAGUGGACUCUCACCAUAAGAGGCCUGGACACUAAGCUUUGUUGUUGUUAUAGUUUCUCAUCAUUCUCAAGCGAGAACUUAUUAAAGAGUAUAAUAAAGUGUAGUUUAUUAGCGUCUUCUCAUGAAAUGGAUGAGCUCCUAUCUAUCAUGAGAAACUAUAACAACAACAAAGCUUAGUAGUAUCCAGGCCUCUUAUGGUGAGAGUCCACUGAGCUAUAAAUGUUAGUGGAUUGUCCUAUAUUACGCACUAGCUCUGAAGAUUGCGCCCCCGAAUUGAAGCUACUAAACUGCCGCCGCAAAUCCUGUUCAAAAUCUUGUAUAAAUUUUCUAUGUUAUGCCAUGUACUGUUCCUUGUACCUUCAUCUCGUUUACAUUCUAAGAAAAUAAUUACAUUGAACCAUUUACCAUUAUUAACAUUUUUCAGCUCUGGGACAUCAGUAAUACACCGUCCGAACUGAUGUUAACACUCGAAGGGCAUUCUGGGACAGUUCGUUGUCUGGAUCUGAACGGAAACAGACUGGUCAGCGGUUCAACAGACCGUACUAUUAAGGUUUGUCAAAACGGAAAUUGCUAGAUAGUUUACUUCAAAAUAAGGUUUCUGUUUUUAUAUCAAUUUUUUAAAUAAGUUAGGGUUAGGUUAGGGUUGGGGUUAGGAUUAGGGUUAAGGUUAGUAUUAUUAGGGUUAAGGUUUAGUUUUGCGUUAGGAUGGUUUUUUCUACGUUAUAAAAACGGAAACCUUAUUUUGAAGUAUACUAUCUAGCAAUUACCUUGUUAAAACUACAAUAUGAUUGUUUACCUUCUUGUGUGCACGGUCAACAAGCUUUCCUUGACAACUUUUGUUGUUUGUGUGCACGGAAUGUCGUUAAACCGAUUUAUCUGAUGUCAAAGCCGCAUUUUGUUUGCCAAAACCAUAGAAGUAUUUCUUGUACACGAGUUUGUCGGUUAACCGAGUCAAAUCCGAGCCCGAGUCAAAUGUCCGAGUCACUGUUGUAGUUCAAUGACUUAGUAUCCUAAUCCUAGCAACUCUACUCCUACACAUGUAAAAACGCACAAGUUGUUACAGGUCUGCAAACAAGUUGUUAUACAAAUCUGUUCACAAGCUGUCGACAAGUUGUGUUCGCACUGCUUGUUCCCAGUUGUUGCAACAAGUCAGGCUUUAAAAUAUCAUUUACAGGGACGUCUGGCAAAAUGUCCGAUGACGUUGAGUUUGGUACGGACAUAUGUCCGAUGACCUUCAGUUCAGUUUUGACUCGGAAAUAAGUCUGAAUGACACAAAUGAAUAUCAGCACAAUGUAUUAAUUCUGUACGGUAAAUGUUGUGAAGAUAUUAAAUAAUUUGUUUCUUUCAUACUUAUUUCCAAGCCAAAAUUAACUUGCUUGUCAGAACAGCAGUAUUAAAAAAGACUUCGACAACUUUGAUUUACGUUGGACAAAGCUACAGUUCGGUCGGACACAAAUACACUCGGGUCAGACAAACAAUAAACCUCAGUUUCACUUGGGUGGGACAGAAUGUCCGGUGGUUUCCUUUCAACGUCGGACAAUUUCACGAAUGGGUCGGACAAUGUCCGUGACCGACCGAUAUUUUAAGGCCUGGACAAGUUUGGAACAAGCUGUUAACAACUUGUAACAAAUUUGAUGGCAUUAACAGACUUGUUUAUACAAGGUUGUUCCGACAAGUCAGAUACAGUCAUGAUAUAACAAGAAUGUUGCAAGGUUGACGACACAGGUUGAUUGUAACAGUAUUGUUAUAUCAUGACUGUAUCGGACUUGUUGGAACAACCUUGCAACAAGUCUGAUAAUAUCAACAAGGUUGUUACAAGUUGUUAACAGUUUGUUCCAAACUCGUUGACAACUAUUACUUGGGACAAGCAGUGCGAACACAACUUGUUGCCAGACUUGCUACAAGAUGCGAGACUUUUACGUGUGUAACCCUAAUCUCACUCCUAAUCCUAACCCUAUUCGAUUGUGAAUUUUAUUCAAUUUCGUCCUUAUUUACAUGACUCUGAAGGCCCUUUUCCACAGGCAGAAAAUUUUCCGAAAAUAUCAUUGUUAAAAGUUGAAAAUUUUCAACUUCAAAAUUUGAAAAUUUUCAACUCCUUGUUAAGGAAAAAUGGUCAAUUUUUUGCUAUCCACACGAGCAAAUAAAACUUGUCGAGGAAAAAUUGCUCGUCUGUAAGGGACUCGAUUUCAGUGAAUUCUCUUUAUUAAAGGUCUGGGAUCUUUCGUUUGCUUCUUACUGGGCCGGUGCUUCAUGUAAGGUCACUAUGGUGGGUCAUCUGCAUACAGUGCGUUGUCUUCAGGUGAGGAGAGCAGUGAGAUAAUUUAUAUUAUGGACCACUUGUCAUCACUUAUCCACCCUGAGUGAAGAGGUUUUUUGGUAUCAGGCGAGUCCAGUUGCACCUGAGUGCGGGCUACAGUUUAAGCUAGCUAGUAUAUAACAAGAUUAUUUGUUUCUAACAGGCAGAUGAGAAGAAAUUAGUCAGUGGGUCAUAUGAUAAGACUGUGAAAGUGUGGGAUUUAAAGACUGGGGAAUGUCAGUUGACAUUGAGAGGUCAUACUGCUGCAGUUUUAUGCGUACAGUUUGAUGAUCAAAAGAUCGUCUCCGGCUCCUAUGACAAGAAAAUUAAGGUAAGUGCUGUCGAAUUUACUUAACCCCAAAUACAAUAUUUAGUGUGUGUAAUAUUUGGGUCAAUUAAAAAAGAAUGUAAUAUAUCUUAAUAGUAAAAAACAUCAUCUUGAUCUGUUGAUCAACUUUUUCACUUUUCAAUUUCCGAAUCUGAUGUCAUGAGAUGAAUUGUAAAGUCAUUUUCCUUUGUGUUUUUUUUGCUGCUAAAAUUCAUCUAAUGACAUCAUAUCCAGAAACGUUGACCGUGAAAAUGUUGACCAAAAUGAGGUUUUUCACUAUAGAGAUAUAUUACAUUUCUUCUCAGAAUGACCCAAAUAUUGCACAUAUAAAAAUCAUAUAUUUGGAGUUGGUAACAACUAAAAUAUACUGUAAUUAUAAUAAUCUAGGUUUGGGAUUUGACAGAAGGAACAUGUCUCAUGACGUUAGAUGGACACCAAGAUGCAGUCACGUGUCUAAAUUUAACACACGAUGGUAUGAAGAUUAUAACUGGGUCAUUGGAUUAUUCCCUCAAGUUCUGGGAUCUGUCAACUGGCAAGGUAAAUGACCGCCAGACUCGAUACGAUACGUGGAUUUAUGCCAUGAGAGUUGAGGAGCGAGAGAUUGCAUGAAGAAUUUUUUCAACUCUCAUGUUCCAGUCAAACGAGAACAAGAGUUGUAUGAGAGUUGCGGAUUUACAGGGUUCGUAGCGGUCUUUGAAGUCCUUGAAAGUCAUUAAAUUUGAAUGUAGGUCUUUAAGGUCUUUGAAAAGUCUUUGAAAUGUGUGAAAAAGCGAAGAAAGUCUUUAAAAGUCUUUAAGUGCUUUAGUGAGUAUUUGAUUAUACGAUUUCCUAGCUAAUAAAGGAGAUUGAUUGAAGCAAGAUUUUCGCAAAUAUCGACGAAAAGGUGCAUUUUAGGAUGUGAUUUGAUCGGACUAAUUACCGGGUAAAAAUGGUGCUUACACUCGCAAUUUUUCGACAGCUGAUUGCUCUCAAAGAUCUUUGAAAAGUCUUUGAAAAUAUGCAGAAAAAAUCUUUGAAAGUCUUUAAAUAUUUUUGUUUGGUCUUGGAGACUACGAACCCUGAUUAAGAUACGUACAACUACCCGAAAAAUAUAAGCAGAACUUCAAUAUUCAUUAUAUUCACUACACACGUAAAAAGCACAAGUUGUAAAAAACCUGCAGCAGACUUAUAGCAAUGCUGUUUCAACAACUUGUCAAUAGGAUGUGUUCGCACUGCUUGUUCCCAGCUUGUUAACAAGUUGUCAACGACUUGUUGACAACUUGCUACAAAAUUGUUGAGCUCAACAGACUUGUUACAAGUUCUUUCAACAACUUGUUAUCGUCCUGCAAUUCAACAAUUUGUCAACAAGUUGUGAGUGACAACCUUGUAGCAACUUGAUAAAAUAACAGCAUUAUUACAACUUGUUGGCAAGCUUCCUACAAGCCUGUUGCGAACACAUCUUGUCGAAAUUAAGUUGAGCCAAUUUCUUCAUACAUAUUACAUGAAUGUCAGAAGCUAAAGUAACACUUACGUGGUUACGUUCUGUUUUUAGUGUUACGGGACGUUAGAUUGGAUAACAUCUGAAGGGCAUACUGCUGUAGUAAGGUAGGUGGUGUCUUUGAUAUAGAUUUUAUUCUUUGCAAUACAGUCUGUUGUGGUGUGGUUCGUGGUAUCAUUUUGGUUAUGGUAUUGUGUGGUGUGUGCAUGUUAUUUUAUGAUAUAGCUAGAUAUGAUGUGGUAUACUGGUAUAUAAUGAUAUAAUUUGUACUGGAAUAUAUGGUAUGGUAUAGUAUGGUAUGGAUAGUAUGGUAAUGGUUUAGUAUGGUGUGGUAUGGUAUGGUAUGGUGGUAUGGCAUGGUAUGGUAUGGUAUAUAGUAUGGUGUGGUAUGGUGUGGUGUGGUAUGGUAUGGUAUGGUAUGGUAUAGUAUGAUAUGGUAUGGAUAGUAUGGUAUGGUAUGGUAUGGUAGGUAAAGUAUGGUAUUGUAUUGUAAUGUGUGAUAUUAUUAUGGUAUUGUAUUGUAUGCUAUGCUAUAUGCUAUGAUGUGCAGUGUGUGUGGUGUAUAUAGUGUGAGAUAAAGUAUUAUUUUAAUAUUAUUUAGAUGUUUACAAGUGGACAGUUGGAGAAUAGUCAGUGGUGGAGAUGAUAAAACUUUAAAGGUUUGUAUAUUAACUACUUAUAUAUCAAACACGAUGAGCUUUUCAAGUGAUAUAUCGUACACCGAGAGGAGUUUAUAUAAUGAUUUCAAGUACCAAAAAGUGUGUUGAGAAUCGAGCAGCUAGCCGAGUUUUUAACAUACUUGAACCGACUUGAUUUCGUAGCUAACUUGGUAGUGCAACGAACAAUCAAAUCUAAGGUCAUUGGUUUGAUUCAAUUCACUAUAUGAAUGAAUGAAACUUUUAUUUAAUCAGGGUAACUUCGUCAGCAUUCAAUUUUGCUGUUGUCAAUGAAGGCCCUAUAUAGCUGGCGAGCAGGCACUGCCAGAGAGCCUGCUCGCAGGCUAGCCCUGUAGUAAUAAUCAAUCGAAGGCUUGAAUCUCCCAAAAUCUGAUUGUUUGCCAAAUAAUUGCAGGUGUGGGAACUUGCAACUGGACAACGUCUGCUGACGCUUCGUUACCAUAGCGACGGGGUCACCUGUAUGCAAUUUAAUGACUUUGCUAUUGUAUCUGGCUCGUACGAUAGGACAGUCAAACUGUGGGAUUUUACUCCGAAACAUCAAUAUUUGGAGGCAGUGACAUGAUGUAUUGUACAUAUACGAUGAAUCUGUAAAUAUUGAGAAUAAAUUAUCGAAGUUUUGUCCCCAAUUUUGCUAGUGCCCAUCAGC